UUCUGAUCACUGGUAAACGUAGACUCUACGUAGGUACGGUGUAUAUGCGCCUGAUACGACUCCGAGCAAGUGGUGGUAGCCCGAGCAGACGGACGCUAAUACGAACGGAGCAUAAACCGAGCAUAAAGCGUUGAGCUACCUACUGCUCAACGAGAGGGAGGAGGUCUCCGAGCCUUCUCGGCUCUGUCUUGACUCUUCCCCAACCCUAGUGCCCCCUCCCUAAUUUAGUGGCUCAACGUACCUCCUCUCCUUCCCCUAUCUUUUGCCUCCUGCUAUCCCUCCGUCGCCCCUCUUCACCGUCCUGCCGAUACUCCGCUCACGCUUCCCCGACCCCACCCACACUGCCCCUGCCUUCCUAGCAUCAAACUCCAGCCAGACGACAUUGGGGCCAGAGACAGAGUUGUGAGUUUCACGCAGCGGCCACUCAGUUUGCAGCGCGACACUGCACCGAGCGGACGUGCAUCUCGCUUAGCUCUCCCGGAUCUGUAUACAAUAUACAUAUAUACAUUGAUAUAUUGAAUAUUGAACUGCACAGAUAGAUUGAUAUCGUCGUCGUGAACGCCGAAGCAUCGAUCGAACCAAAACAUUAGUGACUUGAGGACUGUCGGCUGGUUAACUGGUGCGACAUAGACACAUCGAUUAAUACUUCGUAGCAUCGUCUGCGAGAUCGCGAUCGCAAGUACGUAUUACGCGCGUUGAAGUGGUACUGCUAUAAUAAAUAGUAGGAAGAAGCAAAACAGAAGAAGAAAGCUUGAGGAGUGCUCCAAGGAUUUAUCGGGAGACUAUAGGAAGACUGUGAUUUUAUUUUCGGACAAACUUUUCAAAUCUUCAUAACCGACAGACGCGCACUUUGGUUAUCUCAGAGUAGCCGCGUGGUUUAGGUAUGUUCGGCGCGGCAGUUUCAAAAGUUUUACCGUAACGCGAACGAGGAGAUCAAAGGGAAGGAAAAUCAUCGGAUCCGAAAAAGAUCAUCCCCGUAAGGACUACCUACCGUAAAGUGGAUCACAGUUCUUCCGUGCCGUUGUACUUGGCAGCACCUUUCAAGAUUGAUGUUCUAAGAAGGCAAAUUAUGGUGGCAGAUUUUGUCGCCCGUCAGAGUGGAUCGCCCAUCAAUGGUGAGACCGCCUGCCUGAACAGCAACAUGCCGGCCAGCCACACGAUGGCGCACGGAGGUCACGGGGGUCAUGGAGGUCACGGUGGACACGGCGGACACGGUGCCCACGAUGCCCACGGUCCUCUGCCGCCCCUGACACAUCCCUCCCACCAUGGGGGCCCGGCGAUGCAUCAGCAGCAGCAUCACCAUAACAACGAGGCGCAGGUAACCCAUCCGGAAAACUUCUCCCCGAACUUCGACAUCAGGAAGGAACUCUUCUCUCAGAGGAAGCAGCGCGAGUUCAUCCCGGACAACAAGAAGGACGACAGCUACUGGGACAGACGCAGACGGAACAACGAGGCCGCCAAGCGGUCGCGGGAGAAGAGACGUUUCAACGACAUGGUCCUCGAGCAGAGGGUCAUGGAGCUGAGCAAGGAGAAUCACAUACUGAAGGCGCAGCUGGAGGCCAUAAGAGAUAAGUUUGGUAUUUGCGGGGAGUCGGUAAUAAGUACCGAGCACGUGCUCGCUGCAUUACCGGCGGAGCCGCCGAUAGUGAAGCGAGCCAAGUUGCCGCCGUCCGCGGCGCUGCUGUACGCGAGGACACCGAGUCCGGUUCACACGUCGGUAAUACAUCAGCCGGUUAGCGGCGCCAGGUCACCGAGGUCACCGGCACAGCUCUACGUGCCGGAGACGACGGCCUACCCGGAGACUGAGAGCUUUCAGUACGCCUAUCCCCAUCCGGCGAUGCAUUACGAGACUUCCACCUCGGCGCUUAAUCUAUCUCGCGGACGCAGGGCGCAGUCGCCCUUCGAGUUGUCUUCCGGUUCCGGGGACGAGGGUACGCAGCUGGUAGCCGCGCAGAGUAACAACAACAACAACAACAACAACAGUCUACCGCACAAGCUGAGGCAUAAGUCUAGAAUUGGGGAUAAGGACGCGGCCAGCGCUCUUCUCGCACUUCAGGGUAUCAAGCAAGAGCCCGGGCCAAGAGCUUCGCCACCCUGGGACAACGAGGGCUCCAGCGACGAGAGGGACUCUGGCAUAUCGCUAGGUGCCGAAUGGACUGGACCCAGCGUCGUGCCACCGGUCGCUGAAAACGAGAGGGAGGUGAAGUCUAGGCUGGACCGUCUCGCCAGCGAAGUUGCAUCCCUUCAGAGUAUACUGCGUCUUGGUAAACCUGGUGAUCCCGUGGCGCCGGUCGCCUCGGCCGUAUCCGCCACGACCACCAUAACGAGCACCAGCUCCUCGAAUGCUCCUUGAAAGGACAAUUCAGCAUCCGCGAGGUAGCUGCGCCUCGCUAACGACAUUUAUCCAAAAGAGCGACUCGGAAAUGGCGCCUGGGACGCGGGGAACGACUACGAGACCUCCAGCGCCUGAUCUCACGACGGGAUGUGCAUCGAAUUGAAUGCUGACGACCUUAGGACGACGAGUAUCCGGUGAACGUGAACGCCUAUCAGACACCUGGAGGGGGCCACAGAUACUGUACCCUAGUUCGGUUACUCUUAGCCGUUAUCCAUUUUUUUUUUCUUUUCUAUUAAUUUACUUCUUCUCUUUCACGCUAUCCAAAACAUAUAGUAUAUCGCUCGAGAGUUCUCCAGUGGGAUUUUCGCCUAUUAGCAUGAAGGAAUGAUAGAAAACAAAAAAGGAAAACACUCGGCCCACGCAACAACCGGCUAGCUCACCACCGCCAGAAUUUAAAUUCAGAGAGAGCAUAUACGAUUUCGAUCGCGCUCUCGAUGACUCUUGAUAUAUUGGUUAUAUACGCGAAUAUAUUAUACAUAUACAUAUAACGUACACCCUCGUGUGUAAUUAAGGGAGUGAUAUGGACACGUGAUAGUGAUUAGAUGCUAACCGCCAAUACGAAUAACAAUCGGGAUUAAAUCCUUUCAUAGAUAAAUCUUGUUGGGACUCUCGAUUCUUCUUUUUUAAGCGUUUAUAUUAUUCGAUCAGCGAAAUCGAUGGCGAUUCUCGUUCUCCGUAUUGUAUAUAAUGAAGUCUAUAUCUGUAAGUGGAGUACAACGAGAAUCGCUUGUCAAUUUCCUAUUUUACGUAUAAAUUAUCUUCCUACCCUUAUUCUCCCGCCCCUCACCCUGUACAUACUGUAUAUCGGUAUAGAUCGCGGCUACGAUCAAUAAACAAUAAUGUUAAUGGCUCGAUUAACGUGCACGCGGCAUCAGUACAGAAAGAGAAAGACAAGCCAUCGUUAUAAAAUAUUCAGAAGAAUCGGAACUAUUGUCCAAGUAUUAAGCGAACCCAUAGGCGUAUUUAACAUAUACAUAGUGCACAUAACAAGGAAAAAAAUAUAUAUAUAUAUUAUCUACAGAAGAUAUAUAACCGUGCAGACAAAAAUCGUACACACUUUUAACGUGGACUGUACACCGUAAAACGUACGUACACACGCCAUUGUAUAUAAACAUUAUAUAUAUAUUUUUCAAAUUAACGUAUUUUUCGAUAUCCGUUUAGUACCAAGUUCAGUCUAUGUCCGCAAGGCGCGCUGCUGUACGUUGAUUACUCGCGAUGGCUCUUUUACUUGAUAUCGAUAUACGGCGAAAAGUAGCAUAUGGCAUGUCGACUGUAACGACGUGAUAAAGAAGUAGAAUGAAAUUUAAAAUUAAUAAGAUCUGUAGCAAUUUUAAUGAUCUAUACUGGGUGAAAGAACCAUGCGAAUAGUGACUUCCUUGCACGGAAAAAAAAAAAAAAAAAAAAAACAUUGUUCUAAUACACUAGGAGAGA